CGCGCCUGCGGGAUUGCUGGAGUACUCGUGGCUCUGCCGCCUCUCUGAUUUGUACACAGCCCAGGACAGUUGGGGGUCACCCCACGCAGUUGGGAGUUCGGCGCAGGGAGGAGCGGGGCUGCCAGGGUGCCAGGUCCUGGGUUCGCCGGGGCCCCGCGGGCUACGAGGAAGCUGGAGCUUGAGAAAGGCCCCUCUGUCCAGUCAUGCCAAAGAGGAAAGUGACCUUCCAAGGCGUGGGAGAUGAGGAUGAUGAGGAUGAAAUCAGUGUCCCCAAGAAAAAGUUGGUGGACCCUGUGGCUGGGGCAGGAGGUCCUGGGAGCCGCUUCAAAGGCAAACACUCUUUGGACAGUGAUGAGGAGGAUGAUGAUGAAGGGUCCAGCAAAUAUGACAUCCUGGCCUCAGAAGAUGUAGAAGGUCAGGAAGCAGCCACACUCCCCAGUGAGGGAGGUGUGCGGAUCACACCCUUCAACCUGCAGGAAGAGAUGGAGGAAGGCCACUUUGAUGCUGAUGGCAACUAUUUCCUGAACCGGGAAGCUCAGAUCCGAGACAGCUGGCUGGACAACAUUGACUGGGUAAAGAUCAGGGAGCGGCCGCCUAAUCAGCGGCCGCUGUCAGACUCAGAGGAGGAGGACAGCUUGGGCCAGACACCAAUGAGCGCCCAAGCCCUCCUGGAGGGCCUUCUAGAGCUGAUGCUGCCAAGAGAGACAGUGGCUGGGGCACUGAGGCGCCUGGGAGCCCGAGGAGGAGGCAAAGGGGGCAGCAAGGGGCCUGGGCGGCCCAGUUCCCCCCAGCGCCUGGACCGACUCUCCGGGUUGGCUGACCAGAUGGUGGCUCGGGGCAACCUUGGGGUGUAUCAGGAGACAAGGGAACGAUUGGCCAUGCGGCUGAAGGGGUUGGGGUGCCAGACCCAGGGACCCCGUGACCCCACAGCCCCACCCUCCCUGGACAUGUUUGCUGAGGAAGUGGCGGAGCGGGAGCUGGAGACCCCAACCCCUGCCCAGAGAGGAGAAGCAGAGUCGCCUGGAGAUGGUCUGGCCGAUGUGAUGUGGGAAUAUAAGUGGGAGAACACAGGGGAUGCUGAGCUGUAUGGACCCUUCUCCAGCACCCAGAUGCAGCCUCCUGUGCUCACCUCCCUGAAGACACCAUGUGUAGGCGGAAUAAUGGCCCCCAGAGAUGGCCACUUGUGAAUAUACGACUCUAUGGCAAAAGGGACCUUUAAAUGUGAUUAUGUUAAUGACUGAGAUGGGGGGAUUCUGGAUUAUUGAGGUGGGCCCAGUGUAACCACAAGGGUCUUAUUACAUGAAAGGGACUGAGGUGGGUCAAAGUGAGAGGGAGAUGAAGAUGUUACACCCACGGCUGGGUUUGAAGAUGAAAGAAGGGGCCAUGUACUGAGGAAUGCAGCAGCCUGUAGAAGCUGGAAAAGGCAAGAAAACGGGUUCUUCCCAGAGUUUCCACAAAGAAAUGCAGCCCUGCUGUGGGUUUUAGCCCAGUGAAAACCACUUUGGACUUUUGACCUCUCCUAGAACUAAUAAAA